AUGUCCAACACAAAGCUGAAAGCCGUGGUGGUGGGCGGCACUGGAGCCGUGGGGCGGGAGGUGGUGGGGCAGCUGCUGGUGAGCCCACGGUGGGGCAGCGUCGUGGCGGUGGGGCGGCGCGCCGCCGACCCGCCGGCGGCGUACAAGGGUCAGGAGGGAUAUGAUGAGGGCAAGCUGAAGCAGGCGGUGGUGAACAUGGACAACCUGGAGGCAGAGGCCCAGCAGGCGUUUGCCGGCGCCGACUCGGUCUUCUGCUGCCUGGGCACCACGCGAGCGGCAGCCGGCACCGCCGACCAGUUCCGCAAGGUCGAUCUGGAGUACGUGGCGGCGACGGCGCGGGCCGCCAAGGCUGCGGCGGUGCCCACCUUUGCGCUGGUGUCAUCGCAGGGCGCGCGGCCGAGCGUGUGGGCUACCGACCUCAAGCUGCUGCACGGGCUGCUGUACAUGAAGACAAAGGGGCAGGCCGAGGAGGCUGUCAAGUCGAUGGGGCUGAGCUACACCGCCAUCAUGCGCCCCGGCAUGCUGGACCGAGGCGAGCUGGCCCGCGGCGUCGAGCGCGCCUUCUCCAAGCUGAUGAGCAGCGUGGCGGUGAGCCAGGUGGCGCACGUGAUGAUUGCUGACGUGGAGCGCUGGCUGGACGCCCGUGCGGCGGCGGGGGCGGCGGCACAUGCGGGUGCGCAGCCGGAGGUCAAGGUGUUUGAGAUGGGCGACAUCCAGAAGUUCAGCUGA